CGCAGGGAGGGAGCGCUGCGCUGCGCCUCGCUGCGCAUCGCGGCCCGCUUGCCGCCUGCCCCCUGCCCUAGCUGGGCCACCUCCCCGGGCUGCGGGUGGAGGGCUACGGGGCGCUAACGUUACGCUGUUUCCGGUUUUCCAGUGGGCUCUGUUUCCCCUCCCAAGGCGGCGGCGGCUGAGCGGCGGAGCCCCCCAAAUGGCCUGGCCAGAUGCGGCAGGUUUGCUGCUCAGCGCUGCCGCCGCCGCCACUGGAGAAGGCUCGGUGCAGCAGCUACAGCGACAACAGCAGCAGCAGCAGCAGCAGCAGCAGCAGCAGCAGCAGCGAGAGGAGCAGCAGCAGCAGCGAGAGCGACAGCAGCAGCAGCCGCAGCAGCCGCCGCCGCCGCCGCAGCAGCAGCAUCUUCCGUCCCGCUGCGCCCCCAGAGCCGCGGCCGCAGCAACAGCCGCAGCCCCGCAGCCCCGCAGCCCAGAGAGCCACCGCCCGCUCGCGAGUCGCAGCCGCCGGCGGCAUGAGGCGCGACCCGGCCCCCGGCUUCUCCAUGCUGCUCUUCGGUGUGUCGCUCGCCUGCUACUCGCCCAGCCUCAAGUCGGUGCAGGACCAGGCGUACAAGGCACCCGUAGUGGUGGAGGGCAAGGUACAGGGACUGGCUCCGGCCGGCGGCUCCAGCUCCAACAGCACCCGCGAGCCGCCCGCCACGGGUCGGGUAGCGCUGGUGAAGGUGCUGGACAAGUGGCCGCUCCGGAGUGGGGGGCUGCAGCGCGAGCAGGUGAUCAGCGUGGGCUCCUGUGCGCCUCUCGAAAGGAACCAGCGCUACAUCUUUUUCCUGGAGCCCACGGAGCAGCCCUUAGUCUUUAAGACGGCCUUUGCCCCACUCGACACCAACAGCAAAAACCUCAAGAAAGAGGUGGGCAAGAUCUUGUGCACUGACUGCGCCACCCGGCCCAAGCUGAAGAAGAUGAAGAGCCAGACGGGACAGGUGGGCGAGAAGCAGUCACUGAAGUGUGAGGCAGCAGCCGGGAACCCCCAGCCCUCCUACCGCUGGUUCAAGGAUGGCAAGGAGCUCAAUCGCAGCCGAGACAUCCGCAUCAAAUAUGGCAAUGGCAGAAAGAACUCUCGACUACAGUUCAACAAGGUGAAGGUUGAGGACGCUGGGGAGUAUGUUUGCGAGGCUGAGAACAUCCUGGGGAAGGACACCGUCCGGGGCCGGCUCCACGUCAACAGCGUGAGCACCACCCUGUCAUCCUGGUCGGGGCACGCCCGGAAGUGCAACGAGACAGCCAAGUCCUAUUGUGUCAAUGGAGGUGUCUGCUACUACAUCGAGGGCAUCAACCAGCUUUCCUGCAAGUGUCCUGUGGGAUACACCGGGGACAGGUGUCAGCAGUUCGCAAUGGUCAACUUCUCCAAGCACCUUGGAUUUGAAUUAAAGGAAGCCGAGGAGCUGUAUCAGAAGAGGGUCCUGACCAUCACCGGCAUCUGCGUGGCUCUGCUGGUUGUGGGCAUCGUCUGUGUGGUCGCCUACUGCAAGACCAAAAAACAGCGGAAGCAGAUGCACAACCACCUCCGGCAGAACAUGUGCCCAGCCCACCAGAACCGGAGCCUGGCCAACGGGCCCAGCCACCCCCGGCUCGACCCCGAAGAAAUCCAGAUGGCAGAUUACAUCUCCAAGAAUGUGCCAGCCACAGACCAUGUCAUCCGGAGGGAAACUGAGACCACCUUCUCUGGGAGCCACUCCUGUUCUCCUUCUCACCACUGCUCCACAGCCACGCCCACCUCCAGCCACAGACAUGAGAGCCACACGUGGAGCCUGGAACGUUCUGAGAGCCUGACCUCUGACUCCCAGUCUGGCAUCAUGCUGUCAUCAGUGGGCACCAGCAAGUGCAACAGCCCAGCCUGUGUGGAGGCUCGGGCACGGCGAGCAGCAGCCUACAGCCUGGAGGAGCGGCGCAGGGCUGCGGUGCCACCCUACCAUGACUCCGUAGACUCCCUGCGUGACUCUCCACAUAGUGAGAGGUACGUGUCGGCUCUGACCACGCCCGCGCGCCUCUCGCCGGUGGACUUCCACUAUUCUUUGGCUACGCAGGUGCCAACUUUUGAGAUCACUUCGCCCAACUCUGCGCACGCUGUGUCGCUGCCGCCCGCCGCGCCCAUCAGUUACCGCCUGGCAGAGCAGCAACCGCUGCUGCGGCACCCGGCGCCCCCAGGCCCCGGCCCAGGGCCCGGGCCAGGCGCGGACAUGCAGCGCAGCUACGACAGCUACUACUACCCUGCGGCGGGGCCGGGGCCACGGCGCGGGGCCUGCGCGCUGGGCGGCAGCCUGGGCAGCCUGCCUGCGAGCCCCUUCCGCAUCCCAGAAGACGACGAGUACGAAACCACGCAGGAGUGCGCGCCCCCGCCACCGCCGCGGCCACGAGCGCGCGGCGCGUCCCGCAGGACGUCGGCGGGGACCCGGCGCUGGCGCCGCUCGCGCCUCAACGGGCUGGCGGCACAGCGCGCACGCGCGGCGCGGGACUCGCUGUCGCUGAGCAGCGGCUCCGGAGGCGGUUCGGCUUCGGCCUCGGACGACGACGCGGACGACGCGGACGGGGCGCUGGCGGCCGAAAGCACGCCUUUCCUCGGCCUGCGCGCGGCGCACGAUGCGCUGCGCUCGGACUCGCCGCCGCUGUGCCCGGCGGCCGACAGCAGGACUUACUACUCCCUGGACAGCCACAGCACGCGGGCCAGCAGCAGACACAGCCGCGGGCCGCCCCCGCGGGCCAAGCAGGACUCGGCGCCCCUCUAGGGCCCCGCCGCCCCCUUCGCCUCGCCCGCCCCACUGUCUUUAAGGAGAACAGAGACCACCGACUGGAGAAAGGAGGAAAAAAAAAGAAAUAAAAAUAUUUUUAUUUUCUAUAAAAGGAAAAAAAGUAUAACAAAAUGUUUUAUUUUCAUUUUAGCAAAAAUUGUCUUAUAAUACUAGCUAACGGCAAAGACGUUUUUAUAGGGAAACUAUUUAUAUGUAACAUCCUGAUUUACAGCUUCGGAAAAAAAAAAGAAACAACAAAAAAAAAAAAAAGAGAGAUGGGCCAAUUUUUUGACUCUUUAAUAGAAACCUAUAUUGUGGUGCCUUUUGCUGUACGCUAAUCUGGGGCUCCUGGAGAGACGUCUGGGUUGCGGGUUGGUGGUGGGCCAUAGGAUCCAGUGCUGGUUGGGUGAGAGAAAGCAGGGAAAGAAGCUGCAAGGUUUUUAUGGGGUGAAGGUGGUGGGUGCCGAGGAAGAAACUGAGGACAGAAGUAGCUUUGUAACCAGGCCAGAAGAUCUGGAGUCCUGGACCCCUUGAGAGGAGAGGUCAGGGAUCCUAGGUUUCGGUACUAGAAUAGGGAUCAGGUAACUUAACUGGGGAAGACAAAAGCCCAGCGACAGCAACCAGAAUGGGGAGGGGCUCUCCCCGCUCCUCACAGCUGCUAAGGGAGUGGGGGACAGAAAGAGGUCUCCCCAGCAGCCCCAGGCCCAGGGAGGGGGCAGCUCUGCCAGGGGCCCAAUAUUCAUGGCUCCUCCUCCCCUGCGGCCUCCAGGAUGCCCUCUGUCCUCUGCAGCACCUUCGUUUACAGGUCGUCUUUUCUAUUUUAUGCCUGCAUGUCCUUUGCAUUUCAGAUUCUUUAGAUUGGAUGCAUGGUCACGCUGGGACCCAGAAGAGCCACUCGACAGUGUAUUCAGUUCCCUUUUUAGCAAUAAAGUAACCAUUUCCUUCUCACAACUCGGCCCCCUGUCCCCAACCCACCUAUGACUUCCACUUUCUCUCUAGUCCUACCCUCCCUAACCCUCAAAACUGGAUCCAAGCUAAUUUGUCAAAAAGGAAAUUGUUUUAAAAAAAAUCCCAAACAGAAACAAAUGGGAACCCUGCCCUGAAAUGUCCGAACACCUGACUGUUGACACUUGAACAUUUUUAUAUUAUAAAUAAAAUCAGAAAUAACUCCUGUUUGAGUGUGUGUGCCUAGCCCAGGUGAGAAGGAAAGACAGGAUGAGGACCUGAGGUGGAGGGGGAUGGGUGUUCGAGUGAAGGUUGGAGAGGGCCAGGACAGUCCAUGGUAGAAAAUGACCCUUUCUCCAGUCUCCUGUCCCCAGCUCCCAGGACAGGCUCCAACCCACCUCCCUCUUCCGAAACCAUUUACAAGGUGUCCCCCCUGGCUGCUAGGAACCUGGCCAAGGGACUGACGUAAAUUGUUCUGCUUCAAACUCAGCCUCAGAACUCUGGCCCAGUUCCUGCCCCAGAGCUAUGGGACUGGACUGAGGCAACAAUUUCCGGGCCUGGGUUGGUGAAAAAGGAAGGGUUGUGGGGUUGGCACAGGGGUAGCUGAGGCAGGAUGACCCUUGGGGCCUUGUACACGUCACAGGCAAAGUCUGGACAUGCAAAGAAGCAUAAUGGGUACCCUUGCUGCCAGAAGGACCACAAGAGCUACAGCUCAUAAGCCCACAGGGUAUUGCUCUUUCCCCAACUUUAUACCCCCUCAGAGCCGGGACCUGUCUCAUCCUGCAGCCCCUGAUGAAGGGUACAUGAUUUCAGGUAUAGAGGAGGAAGAUGGAGGUCCAGAGUUAAGAAGUCUUUCACCUCAUCUACUAAUUUAUUAAACCAGUGCCCAGCACCAGGAACCAGAAGCUUCCAGUCAGAACACAAGGAACUCUCUCCAAAGAGCUGUGGUGGACAUGUAUGUGUGUGUG